UCUCUCUCAUUCUCAUGUACUUCUCCAGCUCGUCUCUUCCCAUCUUCCGCCUUAUGCAAAAAUCACAGUCACUUACAGCUCCAACAAUGCAAGGCCACCAAAACAAAGCGAUCUCAUCAUCAUCCCCCUCAUGCAUACACUUUACUUUGUGCAUCUUUCUCCCACUCCUAGUGACCGGAAUCAGCGGUUCAAAGGUUCCGGCGGUCAUCGUGUUCGGCGACUCGUCGGUGGAUGCCGGGAACAACAACUUCAUUCCCACGGUGGCCCGGAGCAAUUGCGAGCCAUAUGGGAGGGACUUUCAGGGUGGGAAGCCUGCUGGGAGGUUCAGCAAUGGCAGGAUACCCACAGAUUCCAUCUCUGAGGCUGUCGAACUGAAGCCAUAUAUUCCGGCGUACUUGGAUCCAAAGUAUAACAUUUCCGAUUUCGCCAGCGGCAUCACCUUCGCUUCUGCGGCUACGGGUUAA